AUGUCUCUCCUCGCCAAGGCCGCCGCCAUUGCUUGCACUUUGCCUGCUCUCGUGCAAGGUAGCAAUGGCCCUAUUGCCCGCCGUCAGACCCUCAACACCACUUGCGCUGACAUCCACUACUUCGAGGCCCGUGGAACGACUCUGUCUUACCCCGGAAGCUUGAUCACGGUCAUCGAUCCGCUCAUGGACGCUUUACCCAACAGCAACUAUGAGGAUAUUGUCUACCCGGCCACGGACGAGUCUGGAAGUGACAGUUACUUUGUUGGAGUUCGUGAUGGCGCCAAGCAGAUCAUCUCCUACGCAGAGGCUUGCCCCGAGUCCAAGAUCGUCCUGAUGGGAUACUCCCAGGGCGCCAUGGUUCUUGGAGACAUCUUGGCUGGCGGUGGCGAUGGCAACAUCCUGGGCAACUACACUAAGCCUCAGUUUGAUGCUCACACUGUUGGUAAUCACAUUGCGGCGAUCCUGCUGUACGGCAACCCUCGACACAUGCCGAACCAGACUUACAAUGUUGGCGACGCUUCUGCGUUCGGUGCCACCGGCAAAUACCCUCGGACUGCUGGACAACUUGCUUCCUUCAACAUCUACGCCGACAGAGUCCACGACUACUGCAACUACCACGACGGAGUAUGCGAUGCUAGCGGCGGUAACCUCACCGCUCACAUGGCAUAUUCUUCGGAUUAUGAUACCCAGGCAGUUGCUUGGCUGGAGUCUAAACUCCAGGCAUGCUGA